GAUGGGGCAGGCUGGUAACCGGGCUGUAACGGGGAUAAGCUGCAGCCUCCGUUUCUCAGAUGCUCCGAUGGAGUGAACCGGGCAACGAUGCGCGUUUCUGUCCGUUCUCUGUCGAUCAUGGAGCGGGUUCGUCUCACGUCUCUGUGAAGCCUGGACCGGGGGUCUGAGGUGGUCCACCGAACCUGCACUUCUCCCCUCUCACCCCCUACACCCCACCCCACCCCUCCACCGACCAUAUCUCACAUCCUUUCCCCCACUUCUCACACAUCCACAGAACCACCCUUGCCCGCCCCCAGCACCUGCGUCCACCCUGUCCGCCUCACCCGAACACCUUGAGAGGAAAGCCCCCCCAAACCGACACUGUAGCCCGUUCCUGACGAUCACCUGACACUGCACUCAGGUGUCUUUUACAGCUCCUCAGAUAACGCCUCUCACACCCAGGCCUCAAGAUGAUGUGCGAGGUGAUGCCCACCAUCUCGGAGGAUGGGCGCGGCGGCGGAGGAGGCGGCUCGUCUUCCCCUGCGGGGGGCGGCGGAGGCAUGGGAGGCAUGGGUGGCUAUGGCGGACGGGAUCCCCGUGGAGGUGGCGGUGUAGGAGGAGGCGACGAGGGUGGCAGCACAGGCAAUCUGGAGUCGCUGAUGGUGAACAUGCUGGCGGAGAGGGAGAGGCUGCUGGAGAGCCUGAGGGAGACCCAGGAAAGCCUUGGGACAGCGCACCUACGCUUGAGAGAGUUGGGCCAUGAGAAGGAGUCACUUCAGAGGCAGCUGUCCAUUGCCCUGCCACAGGAGUUUGCAGUGCUGACCAAAGAGCUGAACCUCUGCCGGGAACAGCUGCUGGAGAGGGAGGAGGAGAUCGCAGAGCUGAAGGCCGAGAGGAACAACACACGACUGCUGCUUGAACAUCUGGAGUGCCUGGUGUCCCGUCACGAGCGCAGCCUGAGGAUGACCGUGGUGAAAAGGCAGGCACAGUCUCCAGCCGGGGUCUCCAGCGAGGUGGAGGUCCUAAAGGCCCUCAAGUCCCUGUUUGAGCACCACAAAGCUCUGGAUGAGAAGGUGAGGGAGAGGCUACGGGUGGCUUUGGAACGGGUGGCAGCCCUGGAAGAAGAGCUGCAGUCCUCCUCUCAAGAGGUCGUGUCUUUGAGAGAUCAAAUCAAACGACGGCAGCAGGGACUAGACAACGGCAAAGAGCGGCUCCCUAACGGACCUUCCUCCAUCUUGGACGAUGGUGACAUCGACCGGCAGAGAGAGGGCGAGAUCGAACGGCAGAGGUCGGAGCUGGGGCAGCUGAAAGAGAGACUGGCCCUCAUGUGCAGACAGGUCGGGGAGAUCGAGGAGCAGCUGACGUCCAGCAGGAGGGAGCUGGCCCGAUCGGAGGAGGCCAACCAGAAACUCCAGAGGGACGUGAAGGAGGCUCUCUGUCAAAGAGAAGACAUGGAAGAGAGGAUCACCACAUUAGAGCGCAGGUACCUGAGCGCCCAGAGGGAGGCGACGUCUCUCCACGACAUAAAAGACAAGCUAGAGAAUGAGCUGGCCAGCAAAGACUCCCUCUAUAGACAGAGUGAGGAGAAGAACAGGCAGCUUCAGGAGCGUCUGGAUGAUGCCAAGCAGAAGCUGCAGCAGACUCUGCAGAGGGCUGAGACGCUGCCGGAGAUCGAGGCCCAGCUUGCACAGAGAGUGGCUGCACUCAACAAGGCGGAGGAGCGUCAUGGUAACUUUGAGGAGCGACUGCGACAGAUGGAGGCGCAACUGGAGGAGAAGAACCAGGAGCUACAGAGGGCGAGGCAGAGGGAGAGGAUGAACGAUGAACACAACAAGCGUCUCUCUGACACAGUGGACAAGCUUCUGUCAGAGUCCAACGAGAGGCUGCAGCUCCAUCUGAAGGAGAGGAUGGCCGCCCUGGAGGAAAAGAACGCCUUGUCUGAGGAGCUGUCUAACAUGAAGAAACUCCAAGAUGAUCUCCUGGCAAACAAGGAUCAGCUGAUAGCAGAGCUGGAGAGGCUUCAGUUGGAGUUGGAUCAGCUGAGAGCCAGACCGGGGGGCUCUUACUCCAGUCGCUCUUUGCCAGGAAGCGCUCUGGAGUUGAGGUAUUCCCACGGAGGCGGGUCCCUCCCAUCGGGCUCCACCACUCACCUGGAUCCCUUCGGUAACGCCUCUACAGGGGGCGUGGUCAGGCGGAGUCACCGGGCCCGUUGGAGUUCCGCCCGAGAGGACUCUACCAAGUAUCCAGACUGGGAGAGCGGGGCGCUGCUUGGCAGCGGGUUCGAGCCAGGCCUCGAUGUGGGUUGCUCUGACGAAGAAGACGAAGGGGAGCCUCGAUUCGGCUCUGAGCUGCCGUCGCCCAGUGGACAGACGGACGUGCAGACACUGGCCAUCAUGCUGCAGGAACAGCUGGAGGCCAUCAAUAAGGAGAUCAAACUGAUCCAGGAGGAGAAGGAGAACACAGAGCUGCGAGCCGAAGAGAUAGAAAGCCGGGUCAGCGUGGCGUUGGACAGCCCACCCAUGCCUCCAUCCACCCUGGGGAGAGACAGCACAGGCCGAGGGUUCAUCCCCUCGUCCAUCACUUCCUCCACCCUGGCCUCCCCCUCACCCCCCAGCUCCGGACACUCCACCCCUCGCCUGCCUCACUCCCCGGCCCGAGAGAACGACAAACAGAACAACAAAGAAGAUGAUCGGUCCCUUGCACUCCUCGACUCCACGCCUCCUCGCGCUCUGCGCUUGGACAGGAUGGCCCUCACCCACCCAGGAGCAAUGCUCGAUGACCCUCGAGAGUUUCGCAGUCUCUCAGCAGAUGGGAGCAGCUCCAACAGCAGCCAAGAUUCUCUCCACAAGUCCAGUAAGAAGAAAAGCAUCAAGUCUUCCAUCGGUCGGCUGUUUGGGAAGAAGGAGAAGGGAAGGAUGGGCCAACCUGGGCGGGAUGGAUCCAUUUCUCUUGCGUCCACACCCUCUGAAGAUCUUGCUUCUGGUGAUCCAAUGGGGAUGAACAAGACUGGGACGCUUGGUCCAGCAGACAAAGACCGCCGCAGCAAGAAAAAGCAUGAGCUACUAGAGGAAGCGUGUCGCCAAGGACUUCCCUUUGCAUCCUGGGAUGGACCGACUGUUGUUUCUUGGCUGGAGCUGUGGGUGGGAAUGCCAGCCUGGUACGUCGCUGCCUGUCGUGCCAACGUGAAGAGCGGCGCCAUCAUGGCCAACUUGUCGGACACAGAGAUCCAGAGGGAGAUCGGCAUCAGUAACCCGCUCCACCGUCUCAAACUGCGGCUGGCCAUCCAGGAGAUGGUGUCCCUGACCAGCCCCUCUGCCCCGGCCAGCACUCGCUCUUCCACCAGUAAUGUGUGGAUGACCCACGCUGAGAUGGAGUCCCUAAACGCAGCCACCAAGCCUCCGGAGCUGAAGGAGUUCAGCUGGGAUCAGAUACUGGCCUAUGGCGAUAUGAAUCAUGAGUGGGUGGGAAACGACUGGCUGCCCAGCCUGGGCCUGCCACAGUAUCGCAGCUAUUUCAUGGAGUCCCUGGUGGAUGCUCGCAUGUUGGACCACCUGACAAAGAAGGAGCUGAGAGGACAGCUCAAAAUGGUGGACAGCUUCCACAGGGUCAGCUUGCAUUAUGGCAUCAUGUGCCUGAAGCGUCUGAACUACGAUCGCAAAGAGCUGGAGAGGCGGCGAGAGGAAAGUGCCCACCAGAACAAAGAUGUGAUGGUUUGGUCCAACGAGCGCGUGAUGUGCUGGGUGCAGACUCUCGGCCUGAAGGAGUAUGCAGACAACCUGCGUGAGAGCGGCGUCCAUGGGGCUCUGCUGGCGCUGGACGACACCUUCGACUACACUGACCUGGCCCUGCUGCUGCAGAUCCCCAAUCAGAACACACAGGCCAGACAGCUCCUGGAGCAAGAGUACAACUCGCUCAUCUCCAUGGGAACCGAGAGACGGCCCGAUGAGGAUGGAACGAAGACGUUCACACGCUCGCCCUCCUGGAGGAAGAUGUUUAGGGAGAAAGACCUCCGGGGCGUGACCUCCGACUCCGCCGAGACCCUGCCUGCUAACUUCCGUGCCUCAGCCAUCGCCACGCCCUCUGUUACCCUGAGAAAGGUUCAGAGUGAUGCCAACUCUGGAGCCCGGGGUGAAUCUGCCUCAGUGAGGACGUACUCCUGUUGAAGGGCUGAGGGCGCUGACCGGAUUGGGACUAGAGGACCCUCUCGCUCAUCCACGGAGGAAGAAGCAAUGAAUAUAACCAUUUAACUAGAAAAUAAACCUAUCGGCCUGACCAUUCUGCAAUAACAGAAGCUACGAAAAAAGACGGGAAAAGGACAUGAAGAAUGUAAUGAAUGUAUUUUUCCGAGCUGACAAGGGAAGUAGAAAAGGAUCAGCUGUUUUCUUUCUCUCUCUCUCUCUUAGUGAGACUCUGUGGCAGGGUUAUCGGAGGACAAACGCUGGUGUUGGUUAGGUUUUAGCCGGUCGCGCCGGUUUCCUCUCUCUUCAUUCCUGUCUGCACACAGUCAGCACAGUCGGUAAUAUCAGGGCUCAUUUUCCUACCUUCAGAGGAAACCACUUGCCGCCGUUUAGCUCUCCCACAAAACGACUUGACGCACCGCCUUAGAACUUCUGCUCGACAACAGGUGUUUGUAAUGAGAGAGAAGUUAACCUCAGAGUAAAUGUUAGGGUUUGAAACAACAGGAAUGGAUGGAAAAGUGGGAGAAAUGGCUGCUUGGAGGUAAACUGGUUUUAGCUCUAAACAACACAGGCAUUCGCCUUUCCACUAAUGACUCGGCGGGUGUUUAGUGUCAGCCAAUCAGGGGCGUCUACGUGUUCCCAAUUGGUCGAACAUGUCCAACGUUUAGCCCCGGCCACAUCAGAGAGGACCCUCUUGGUGCUUUGUCUAUUGGCACCUUGAAAGCUGAUAGGCAGGGUAAUCUCUUUUGAAGGGACCCCAUUAUAAAGAUCAAAGGCAAAGAGGUGGAGGGGACGGGGUGGAGCGGGGCCACAGAGCCAUUGUGUUCAGUGAUUUUUAUGAUGCUGACAGCAGGAACUCCAUACAGCUAGUGUCGGUACCACUUUCUGAAAAGAUAUACUUUAAAGGAGUUUAAGGAGGAUGACAGUGAGAGAAAUCUCCACAAGCUCAAAAACUCUAAGGGGGGGUUCAGGAUGCCAUUUCAAACCCCUUUGACUGGUUUUGAAGUCUGGAUUUCGACCUGAUUGUGCGCUGUUUUUCUUGCAGUGUUCCUCUCCAGUCAAAUCAGGGUCCUCUGACUUUGAAUAUACAGAUACUGGGCUUUUCUCAAACCAUUUCCUCCUCACAGCUCUGUCUGAUGUCUUGUGCACAAAUGACUGCAACACCCAAUUUAGAGAGUUGGAAGAUUUAAAAACAGACGCAAAUGUCAGGAAGAACUCCCCUCACUGCCACAGAACCUUUAUGCAACCCUGGUUUAUGAUGCUCAAAUAUAACUUGUCCAUACAAGGCAAAAUUUCUACAGUCAUGUGGUAUGAUCCCUACACUUUACAAAAAAAGUGAUUUUUUUCCACAGGGAGACCAAUUUUCCUGGCAUGGAGGAAACUGAUAUCACAAAUGACUGAGUACUGCAGAUCCAGAUGAAGGGAGACAAGAUCCUUAAGGAGUCUAGCACUGAGCUAAGAGGCUAGCUAUCUCCAUUGUUUCAACAUAAACAUGCUUUUAGUUGAAACACUGAUAGUUAACCAAAUAACUCUUCUGAGGUAGGAGACAUGUGAGUAAUGAUGUGCCGUUCACGAACGAGAUUGUUCUACAAAACGGCUCUUUAAUGUGUACCACAGAAGCCAGUUUUCUUUCCUCUAUUUUUUGUUGUGAUUUGAUACACAUUUAAAAAGACAAACUGUUACCAAAUGAAGAGCUGUUUGGGAGCCUUAGAACAAAGCUGAAUGAUCCAGAUCUCUUAAAUAGAGAUGGAUUUCCCAUCACAAAGAGCAAGCCUAGAUGGACAUGGGUUGUGGAAACAUAGGUAAGAUCAGGGUGUCUUGUGACAAACUGUACUGGACCAAACCAAACUUGGUGAAAGGGACCUAAAGAACAAGUUUUUUUCUAUUUUUAGUCAGCCAUGGUCUGCAAUUCUGUUCAAGUUAUCAGGUUAUUCUGGCUUCCUUUGAUUAAGUAGUUAUAUGGCCAUUCUCAAACCCCUCCCUCCUCUAUCGCACUCCCACAUGGUGUGAACUCUGUCCAACGUCAAACCACAUCACAGCUGACGGAAGCACCCUAUGUUAAGGUGGAAGGUUUAAAAACAGGAGCAAGCUUUGGGAAGGAUUACCCUCACUGCCACAGAAAUAGGGCUUUUAUGCAACCAAGACUUUAUGUCACUCAAUUCCAAAGUUGUUAAUACAAAUAACAUCACACAGACCCAUUAAAAUCACUUCAUAGUACACUGCAAAACUGAACAAAGUGAAAUACUAAAGGUAAUUUUGUAACUCAUUACAAAACAGUUUUUAGUUGUGGAAAUACAUUUUUUGAGUUUGACUCAAGUCAAAAUAUAUAAUUUACAUUUUUUAUGUCUUUCACAUAUUUUGAUUUUGAUCAAUCAUGCUCUCAAAGUAAGCAAAUAAGUAUCAAAGACUGAAAGCUGCUCUUUGACCCAGAAAGUGCUUUUCUAGAGUUUAGUUAAUCCUCUUUGCAAUGUUGAACUCAGUCCCCACAGGCAGGAUUUUUCUAACAGUGGGCAACUUCACCCAUGGUGCAAAAGUGUUUAAUACCCAAAGGCAUUCUGGGAAAACUAUGCAGAUUAAGGGAUGAUGGUCAAUAAUUUGAUUAUAAUGUCAAAAAGCGAUCAAUUACUAUUUGCUUAACACUUAAAAUGUGUUAAAUCAACUCAGAAAAAUAGAGCUGAAAUAGCUAUUUCGGAUUUCUAAUUUAACACAACUCGUUUAUCAACAAAGCUUUACUGUUUGGUCUUACAGUGUAUUUGAAAAAAAACCUACAUAACCAUUUGGAUUCUUCUAUUUUAGCAUCUUACUGUUUUAAUCUGAUGUGUAGCUGAGAUUACUAAUUUUGCAGGUCCUUGUAAACAUAAGACAUUUCAAUGUUUAUCACUUUUAGGACUUGGAAAUGAGUGAAUAUUUUUUUAUUUUUUUGACUAGUGUGUAAAUUUAUAGGGGCAAACACUCAGAACUUUAAUGCAACAAAGCUUUCUGUUGACGAACAACAAAAGGAGUUUGACUUGGUCAAUAUGGCUGGCCACACAAGAGAUGAUUUUCAAAUCUUGAACAAUUUUAGAAACAUGGAAGACCACAAAUAUAGGGACAGUUUCAACCAACUUUUUAUCUUACAAUCCUUCAGAAGCACACACUAAAUGAUCUCACAGUAAACGUUCCCCACUCAAGAGAUCUCACAGAAACUUGUGGUCAAAUAUGACUUCAGAAGAAAAACAAACAUGGAGGACAACUGAAAUCCUCUGCUUCCUGUUACAGGCAAAGAAUGAAGGUGAAAUCCUGGCUGAGACUCUGAUAGGGUAGUGAGCUGUAAAAUGAUCUUUUUGGAACCCCGCCCUUGAGGAUUUCUUUGACAAAUAUGUAUUUGCAAUGAGCCUCAAUUCAGGAUGCCUCCUACAAUCGUCUGGGGGGCAAAUCAGGCCUUACGUUGGGCUUAAACUGCGUGGGCAGCUCAGGUCAUAUUGUGCAGACUCGCUGUUGGAGGGUUUAAUGACAUACUCUUGAGGUUUUGGGCAGUGGAGGAGAGGUUGUAUGGAGUGGUUUGAGACAAGCCCGUAGGAGAUUGUGGAGACUGUAGCCACUCGAGCAGCUGACCUAAACCUGCCCCCGUGUCCUGUUUAAAGUGUAAAAAUAGGCUGUUACACAUUGAAAGCUCCCUCUUAAAGCACAUUUCAUUAGAAAGUGGUACCAAGGAAUCUGGUAUAUUUUUAGAACAGCUGGACAUUUCGGUCUGUCUGUUCAGGAUGUUGUCGUGCCGUUUCUGACUUGUAAUCAUCCGCUCAGGGUCGGGGGUAAUCCUGGUAAUGGGGGGAGGUGACAGGGAGACAAAACAGUGACUCACAAGGAGGAAUGAAAAAAAAAACUAAAAAGGAUGGACAGAAGCCGGUCAUUUUA